ACCACCGCGGGGCUAUAUUUGCUUAUUGAUCGGAUACUUCGGAUUGACAACGACAUUUAUUUACAUAUCUAUCACAUCAUGCCCAUCUUCAGUCCUUUAUGAAACCAUUCCUCCGACUCUUUUCCUCCCCAAGAGAAUUUUCAAUACGAUACCGAACUACCUGUGUCUCAAAAUCUAAUCCCAGCGCAUUCGGAUUCCUAGCAACACCCUGCCGACAGACUUAUAGAUCAUUCUUCGCAUCCCGCUCAAAACACACCAUGGCCGCCAGUAUCGAAGCAUCCAAACGGGCCGCGGCCAAAGUCGCCGUCCAAAACCAUUACCCCCUCAACGCAAAAUGGGUCGGAAUCGGUAGCGGUACAACCAUUGUCUACGUUGUAGAAGCCAUCAAAGAAUUAGGAAUCGACACGAGUCUGACCAGAUUCGUCCCGACGGGUUAUCAAUCGAAACAACUGAUCAAACAGGCUGGGUUGACGGCAGUGGAAUUUGAUGCUCUUCCAGAGGACGUUGUGCUCGAUGUCGCAUUUGAUGGUGCGGAUGAGGUGGAUGAUGAUUUGAAUUGUAUCAAGGGCGGUGGUGCUUGUCUUUUCCAAGAGAAGAUUGUUGCUCUUCAAGCGAAGGAAUUUAUCUGUGUUGCUGACUCGAGAAAACUUCAAAACCGCCUCUUGACCAAUUGGAAAUAUAUUCCUAUUGAAGUUGCGCCUAUAGCUGCGAAUCGAGUUAUUCGCAAACUGACCGAACUGGGCAGCAUCAAACCCGCCAUUCGUCUCAAUACCGUUGCCAAGGAAGGUCCCCUCAAGACAGACCAGGGCUUCUUCAUUGUCGAUGCACCAUUCCUCCCUCUUCUAACUCCAUCGGACGUCAAAGCCGGCAAGGACGGCAACGGUACGGACGGGGUAUGGGAAGUUGAGACCCUUGCAAACAAGAUCAAGGCUAUCCCUGGUGUUUUGGAAGUGGGUAUUUUCUGUGGGGUUACUGGUCCUGAAGCUCAGUCUUUGGGGUCUACUGGAGGACAGAAACCUGUUGCUGCGUAUUUUGGUAUGCCAGAUGGCACAGUGACUGUUCGAAAGGCUGCUAUUUAAUUAUUUUCUUCUUGUCAAUACCCGCACUUAUUAGUAUUAUCCUUUCAAAGAUAGACGUUGGCAGGUUCCGAAAGAAUCUGAUUACAAAAUAGGACCAUUGAAGAGGUACUCGAUCUAUAAAUACAACAGACGCCACACUUUUUGAACCCAAUACGAAAUUCGCCAGCCGCCAGAAUAUGAGAACCCAUUAUUAUUCAGUUGAAUUGUAACUUACUUAGCCCCCUUGCCCUUAGCCUCAGUCUCACCAAGUUCGCGAAUGAAUAUCUGAACCGUACCAGGCUCGAUAUCAUCCUUCCCAUCUUCAAACCCCGAACUAACGGCAAUCGCAAGAUAUUUCCCAUUCGAACUAAAACUGAGCGCGGCAACACUAGCUGGAUAUUUCUGAUACUGCCGAAUUCUCCUCUUCGCAAUCCCGUCCCAUAAAGCAACCACGCCGUCUCCACCCCCAGAUGCAAAUGUGCCAUGGAUGGGGUGGAAUGAGAGUGCGUUAACGGGAUAAACGACAUCGACAUCAUCGACGGUUUGUCGAUGACACUUGAAUGCGUAUUUGCGAGCUUGUGACUCUGUAGAAGGAUCGAACCAUUCAACUGCGACUCGACCCUCGAUACUGGACGAUGCAUACCCAGCAUCGUCAGGCAUGCAUGCAACAGCCCUCGUCAUGAAUUUCAGACUACUUUCCCGUCGCUGCCAAGGUUCGAUUUCGACUUUGUUAACUGACGGAGGUUGAAAAUCAGCUUGAUCGGUUAUGAGAGCAAGAGAUUUAAGGUCGUAGAUAUGUAGUGCUCGAGAAGCCAUAGCGACAACGAGUUUUGUGGGGGAGAGUGAGAGAGAAAAUGGUUUGGAUGGUAGUGGGAUCACUGCUGGUGUAGAAUCUGCGUUGAGUCGGUGGACGUGGAGUGUUGAGUCCCAUGAUGCGGAGAUUACGAUGGAGUGUUCUUUGCUGUAUACCACGGAUUUGACGCCGGCUUCAUGGCUCGAAAGUACAGUUUGUGCAGAGGUGUUGACGUUGAUUCU